AUGACUGCCAUCGUGAUGCCGAAUCGCGAGAAAUUGGAGAGGCCAUGCUCGGCAUCAGAGGCUAGCUUCGAGGCUGUAGCGGUGGCGGCAGAGGCCUUGUCGCCCAGGGUAGAGGAGGCACGGUCACUGGCCGACGAAAUAGAUGCCGCAACCGAAGAGGCUGCUGUCGAGGCUGUAUCAGAAGCGACGGAGGCGGCGGAGGAAACUGAUCCCGAGACGGAGGAGGCGCCUUCUGAGGCCCGGUCAGCGGCGGCUGAUGCUGCUGAGGAGACUGUGCCGGAGAUGGAGGAGGCAGCAUUUGAGGCUGUGUCAGAGGCGGCGGAGGCAGCAGAUGGAGCGGAUUUCGAUGCCGAUGAGGCUACUGUUGCAGCUGAGCCAGAUAUGGAGGAGGCGGCGGAGGAGAUGGCGGAGGAUGCUGACGAGGACUUGGCCAUGGCGAGUGCUGGUGAUGUGUCUAAUUUGAGAGGUGAGAGGGACUGUUCACCUGUCUGGUAUUUUGUUGUGAAAAAGCGAAGCAGGCAGGAGGUGAAGGAUCAGGAAGACCUCCGGGUAACGGUGAAGUAA